AUGAAUAGUCGUAUAACAGUGGUCAUAUAUAGGGCUGAGACCGAUGAGCCUUGCCACUGGGUAAUUUGGAUAAAAGAUGCCAACGUAAAGUCUAUUAUUCUGCAGGUUGGGCUCAACAAGGACGGCUACUGCGUGAAGGAGCCCAUCCUCAGAGAUCCUCUACUAUCGAAACGCAUUAAGCACGCAGUGUACUGCGGGACCAUCUCUUCAGGUAAACAAGACCUGGCUUUGUCAAUAAUUCAAAAUCACCCGGUCGAUAAUGAAAGUGCCACCUGGAACUGCCAGGCAUGGAUCAUGGAAGUCUUGGAGGGGAUGGAGCAGACGGGACUACUGCAUAUUGGCCCCGGGUCGAAAGCGACCCUAGAAUCGAUGCGCCAGAAAGUUUAA